AUGGCUGACGCAUGGAUAUUCUCCCGAGCUUUUCCACGUGGUCGUAUUCUCUCAGGGACCAAACGUCGCAGCUCAAUUCCUCCGCUCGAAUACAUGUCUUCGCCGCUCGUCUUCAGAUCUCCUGAACGGCGAUUUCUCUCCCAAUCGCUCACACCCGCGGCCGUAACCCCUGGUAACCCCUCUGGCAACCUUGCUCCUCCCCCGCGAGCAUUAAAAGCCUCGUUUACCGUGCGGAUGGACAGAGACUCCGGACAAGGUCGCCCUAAUUUCAGUUCAGCGUCUGACUGGGCUAGUUCAUAUCCGAGUGGUAUGGAAAGCAUACGGGACACACUUGGGUGGACAGAAAGGCCAAUGCCCACUGGAGGCUUUGGCGGACGACCGAAUGGGAUACCUCCAAACUCUUCACUUCAAGGGAAUGGGCAUUUUCGGCAAGCAAAGUUGAUGAUCAAUUCCUGGGCACUCGGGUCCUCGUUUGAUCUCCUGCUACUUGGAAUCAUAUUCGCACAGUGCUAUCGAUAUUACAUGCACCAUGCAAAGACAGACUACCUACCCAAGCGGUUGUUCGUCCUCUGCCUCCUCUGCCUCGCGUGCUUCAAGUCUGCCAUAGGAAUGGCCAUUGUCUAUAGUUCGAACGACAUUGUCGCACUCUUUAGAUGGGCUGAUCACUCCCUUUGGGGGUGGAUGAAGAUUUCUUCAUGGUUUCUGACCUCGUUCUCCGGCGUCAUUGUCCACACCUGGUUCUUGAAGCGUAUCAUCGACAACCAACGAUAUUACACAGGUGCUUGCAUGCUACUUCUAAUCCUUUCUGGCAUGGGGACAACUAUAGCUGCAAUCUAUUUCGGGGCCGUCUACCAUCAAAGCGUCAUGCGUGCGACGAGAGUGAUCGCAAAUGCUAGCCUGACAUUCAUAGCCAACUUGACCAUCACGCUUAUCACGCGGGCCUAUUCCUUCAGCGGCGCGAAGAGCAAGGAACCCUUUCACAAAUCCAUCCUUUUCACCACUAUACCCAUGACGCUAUGCGCCUUCUUGAUUGUCAUCCUUCUGGCGGCUGGCCAGCGUUCUGGCAACGAGAGCUUCAUUGUGCCCAACUUUCUUCUUGCCAAGUUUUACAUCAUCUGCCUGUUGCGAGUGCUCAACUUGCGACCUCGGCGGAGAGUGGCAGAUGAACAUGCCAUGACACACAUCAGCGACUUUGUGGCGACAAAAACCGACUUUGGCCAUCAUACUCACGAUCAUCCGCAUUGA